AGUUGUUGCUUCUCCGGUGACGGACCCCAUUCUUUUAUGGCCACUACUACUACUUACCUACUUACUACUACUUAUCUACUCCCAGCCCACUCGGUUCCAGGCCCCUGCGUGUGUUAUUUUUAUUUUUAUUUUGUUUUCUCUCUCUCUCUCGCUCUCUGCUUCAGUCGCAUUAGCAUUGGUUCCAAGGCUGCAGCAGGAAAUCCCAGCCCUUCUCACCUUUAUUAUGCUGGCUGGGGCCCUGCACUUCAAUUCUCGUUGAUUGCUCCCGAAUCGGUAGCCUCCACGUCAUCCCACGGAACCGCAUAUCAGAUUCGUUCCGACCUGAACACCGCGUGCAAUUCCAAGCUUAAUUUGACGCUAUCAGUUCCCUCAGUAUUGCUUUCUCAGCAAAUGAAGAUAUUUCUUCAACAACACUCAAUAAAGAAAGAAUAAGAUGUUUCAUACGAAAAGACCAGCCAAAAUCAGUCAAAACUGCAUUGAAGAUGAUAUACACGAUAUAAUAGAGUGAAAGAGCACAGGCAUGUAUCAGCAUACAGAGUAGCGUGACCGACUCCGGGUACCUCCACUAUGGCAAGUCCCAUGUAGAUGCACGCCAGCAUUCCCUUUCCUUUCUAUUCUAAAUCCCCCAAUCCACUCCGAGUCCUCGCAUUACGUUCAUAUUUAGUGAGCUAGCAAAGUAGUCAG